AUGAAGAUUCUCACCAAGGAAGAAGAAGAGGCUCACUAUGCCGAGGUCCUUAAGGGCGGUGUCAUUGGCGGUACUCUCUUCACCGGUCUUGGUCUUGCAGGCGUCUACGUCGCUUCCAAGCGUUACCCCUCAUUCCGAGGCUUGACCCUCCCCUUCCGAGCCUUCCUCGUCACUUCAACCGGCACAUUUGGUGCCAUCGUCAAUGCGGAGCGAUGGAGUAUCGCCUAUCAGAUCGCUCAGGACCCUAAGCGCACAUACAGGGACCAAGCAGCCCGCACAGCAGAUCUCAUCCGCGAGAAUGAGUCAGCAUACGAGCGUUUCAAGACCUACUCCAAGGAGAACCGUUACCAGAUUGUUUUCGCGUCUUGGUUGGCGUCAAUGGGCAUCGCUUUCGCCAUCGUGAGCCGACAACCUAUGAACACUGCCAACAAGGUUGUGCAAGCUCGUGUCUAUGCCCAGGGCUUGACGCUGGCUGUGUUGUUGGUGUCUGCUAUCUUUGAGAUGAGAGAUCUGAAGAAUGGCGACAGCAGGUUCCAGACUGUCAGAAUGGUCGACCCCAAUGAUCCUACUAAGGUCAUUGAGCAGAAGGUUCACAAGGAAGAUUACGAAGGCCAGGACCUCUGGAAGGACAUGGUCGCCGCUGAGGAGCGCAGACUUGCAGCUAAGAAGCAGGCUGCCGGACAUUAA